AGUGGUGUCACUAGUGUGAUAGGUAAUGCAAAACAUAUACGUUGCAUACAUAAUUUACAAGCUAAACGACCCAAAAAAUCAAUUUUAUCGACAAUCGUUAACAAUGCCCGGUGAUGAAGUCACAUCAAUAGAUAAUUAUAAAUCAAGUAGAACUGAAGGUUUAUCAGAGUGUGAAGUACGGAUACUUGUUCAAGAUGAAUAUAUUCCAAACACAAAAUUAUUGACAAUGAAAAAAAAUAUCGAUUCAGGUUCUGGUGUACCACAUUUGAAACAAUCAUCAGUAGAGACAACUAAAAAUGUUACAGCAGCACUAGCUUCAAGUGUUCCAAUAGCAUCAAGAUUGAAAGGAGAUGAUGCUGAACAACUAAUAAAAGAAGCAGGCAUUGCGGCAACGAAUGACGAUUUAUUCAUGAAAGAAUGGGCAUGGAAAAAACAACCCAAUCAAAAUGUACACCACCAACAACAUAAUCCGGACAGUUCUAAAAUGCUAGUGUCAGAUUUAAAUGAAAAAGAUGCAUUAAGCAAACAAAAACGUGCAAUUGUAAAAAAAAUAUUAAUGAUUCAACGAAAAAAAUUUAAAGAUAGUCAAUUUAAGAAAAAACGUGAAUUAGAUACUUCAACAUAUAGUUUCAAUGACCACAAAGAUAAUGAUGAUGAUGAAAAAUUAGUGGAUGCUGAUGAUGAAAAAGAUCCAGUAAAUAAUGCUUGGGAUUGUGCACGUACAAUGGAUGUUCAUGAAGCAUACGAAAAAACCAUUCAUUGUUAUCGUUUGUCAAUGCGUAUGUUAAAAAUAGCAACAUAUAUCGCUCUAAAUAUUGGUGUAUUAUUAUCAGCAUUAGUCAGUAAAGGAACAUUACUUUUAAUGACAAAUUCUAUAGCAAAAGUUCAAGAGAGUCCCUAUCGUGAAAGAUGGGUGUGGAUGUUAUUAACAGCUGUUUGUGCACCUUAUGUGUUCACAUUUAUCGAUAGUUUUGGAAAAUGUUUAUUUGGUAAUAAACCGUGGCCAACUGUAAAAAUAUUUACAAUAGUAUUUUUUAUUGAAACACUUCACAGUUUUGGUAUAGCAAUAUUUGUCUUUCAUAUUUUACCUAAAAUGGAUGCUGCUCGUAGUCUAUUAAUUAUGAAUGCUGUUUGUAUUAUACCAGCAUUUUUAAAAUUAUUUUUAAGUAAAACGAAUACAAGUAUGCUGAGACGAAGUCUAUUAUUUAUGAUGGAUUUUUUUGCUUUUAUCAUGCAAUGUUCAUGUGUUGGUAUUGCAUUGGCAUCACGAUUUCUAAAAAUUGAUUCAAAUAUCAUGCCAAAUAAUAGUCAUUCAAAUACAUUUUCAACGAGUACAGUGGAUAGUAGUACACUAUUAUCAUUCAAACGACACAAACGAGACGAUAUAAUUGAACCAUCUGGAGACUUAUAUAGUGAUCUAUCAUCAACAUUAGAUUCAUCAUUAUCCGUCGGAAGUAAAACAUUAAAUGGUACUAUGAGUUCAAUGGAUCAUAAUUUAGAAACAAUCUUGGCUAGUUUUCAUAUUGAAUGGGAAUUACCUGUUGCAUUAAUAUUAGUUUCUCUAACAUGGUGGGAAAAUUUUGUUGAUCGUGAUAUAAAGUUUGGUGGAAAAAUAGUGGUGAACAUGAAAUUAUUAAAAGAAAAUAUAAUUGCUACAAGAUCGAAAACAUAUUUGAUAAUUACAUUUUGGAAAAUUUUUGUAACAAUUUUAUUUGCUUAUCUAUUUCAUCAUGGUAUAUUUAAUACAUCGGUAGUAUUUCAUACAAAUAAAGAACAAAUGCAAGAUCCAUUACUAUUUUCACAUCAAGAUCCAUGGAUAUCAUCGAGUCUAUUAUCAGCAGACAUGUCACAAUCGCCAGACGGUUUCGCUGGCAUAUCUUUAGGAACUGACAUAGGCGGAAAUCGUCUACGUCGACAAACAUCACUGUUUGAACCAUCAUCAUCAAAACACUAUAAUUUAUUACUCGAUCAUUUAUUUAAAAAGAAUUACGCUAAUCAAAACCAAAUUAAUCAAACUUAUCAAAAACGAUUUAAAAGGCAAGAAAAUAUUGUUAAUGUAGGAGGAAUAGACAAUCCUUUUAAUGGUGCACAAAUGAAUGAUCCAUCGAUGUUACAAGAUUUUAAUGGUGCUCAAUUAUCUGCUCCACCAUUACCGUAUCCUGGUGAAGAAGAAACACAAGAAUUAACUUAUAAAGAUCGUUGGUUAACAUACUUAACACCAAUGAUAUUAAAAGUAAUAUCCGAUGCUCUAUGCUUUUAUAUGGGUCGUUUAGCUUGUAAAUUAUGUAUGCAACGUAUAUGUUUUGCAUUACCUAUCACACUAGUGACACCACUUGUUCUAACAAUAUUACUUGUAUUAUGUGAAUUUUUUCCAAAAUCAACAGUGUUCAUCGAUGGUUUCAUCUAUUGGAGUUGUUAUGAAGAUUUUGCCAAAGAAUCGUUUAAAUGGCAAGUUGUUUGUGGUUUAGCAUUAUGGUGGCUAUCAGAAUUGUGGAUUGGUGGUCAUAUAUGGUUUGGAAAAAGUCAACGUUUAGCAUUUACAGAACGACUCUUUGUUUCGCCACGUUAUUGUGCAACACUAUUAGAACAAUCGUUAAUGAUGAAUAGACGUCGUAAUGAAAGAGAUGAGAUACCUUUGACAGUUAGCACAAUCGAAGAUCAAGUUAAAUUUUCAUCCGAUGUUGAUUCACAAAGUUUUGAAGAAUUGACAAUUGAGAAACAACUCAGUCAAGGUAUUCAGACAAAAAUUUACUCUUGUGCAACCAUGUGGCAUGAAACAGAAACAGAAAUGUUACAAUUAUUGAAAUCAAUUAUGAGAUUAGAUAUUGAUCAAAGUGCUAGACGAAAAGCACAAGAUGUAUUUAAAAUAAAAGAUCCCGAUUACUAUGAAUACGAAGGACAUAUAUUUUUUGAUGAUGCAAUGGAAGAAGAUGAAAAUAAUGAACAAAUACCCAAUAAAUUUGUUCAACAACUUUUAGGUGUUAUUGAUAGAGCAGCAACAGCUGUACAUGAAUGUCCAAUGAAAAUUCCACCACCAUUCAAAACUCCAACUCCUUAUGGCGGACGUUUAACAUGGGUAUUACCUGGAGGAAAUUUUUUAAUUGCACAUAUUAAAGAUAAAACAAAAAUACGUCAUAAAAAACGAUGGAGUCAGGUUAUGUACAUGUAUUAUUUAUUGGGUUAUCGUCUGUUUGGCGAAUUAAAUAUUAUUGAAAAAUUGUAUAAGAAAAAGCGAAAGAAAGACUCAUCAAAAAAUAAAUCAAAAAUAUUUAAAGGAUUUGGAAAUUUAUUAAAUAAUAUGGACAAUAAAUUACGAAUAAAAGCUGAAAAUACAUAUUUAUUGGCUCUUGAUGGAGAUGUUGAUUUUCGACCCGAAGCCGUUCGUCUACUAGUAGAUAGAAUGAAAAAGAACAAAAAAGUUGGUGCAGCUUGUGGACGCAUUCAUCCGAUCGGUGAUGGUCCAGUUGUUUGGUAUCAAAAAUUUGAAUAUGCCAUUGGACAUUGGCUUCAAAAAGCAGCUGAACAUAUAUUAGGUCUUAAAUUUACAUCUUGCAUUAAGAUUUUAUUUCAUCAUGAAACUAUUGUUAUAGGUUGUGUUAUGUGUAGUCCAGGAUGUUUUUCAUUAUUUCGUGGUUCUUCACUUAUGGAUGAUCACGUUUUAAGAACAUAUUGUACUAAAUCAUCAGAAGCAAGACAUUAUGUACAAUAUGAUCAAGGAGAAGAUCGAUGGUUAUGCACAUUACUUCUACAAGAAGGAUAUCGUGUUGAAUACUGCGCUGCAAGUGAUGCUUUAACAUAUGCACCAGAAUCAUUUCAUGAAUUUUUUAAUCAACGUCGACGAUGGGUACCGUCCACAAUAGCGAAUAUAAUGGACUUUUUAUGUGAAUACAAACAUAUUGUACUUGUAAAUGAUAGUAUAUCUUAUUUAUAUAUUAUUUAUCAACUAUUUCUAAUGGUAUCAACGGUUCUGGGACCAGCAACUGUUCUUUUGAUGAUCACUGGUACAACACUUUGGCAGUCGAUGAUUAUGUCUGUUUUACCAGCAUUUCUCUAUUUAAUUAUUUGUUUUCAUACCACAACUGAUUUUCAAAUUCGUGCAGCAGCAUUUUUAUCAGCUGUUUAUGCCAUUAUUAUGAUGGCCGUUAUUGUGGGUACUACGAUACAAAUUGCUGAAGAUUCAUGGACAUCACCAAAUGCUGUUUUUCUAAUGUUAUUAUUUUCUAUAUUUUUUAUUGCUGCAUGUAUGCAUCCACAAGAAUUUUGGUGUAUUGUUCCUGGUUUACUCUAUUUCUUGUGUAUACCAUCCGGUUAUUUAUUUUUAUUAAUCUAUUCAUUAUGUAAUUUAAAUAUUGUUUCAUGGGGUACGAGAGAGGCACCGAAACAAAAAAAAAAUCAAAGUAAAGAAGAAAUAGAAAAAGCUCGUUUACAAGAACUUACACAAGCAAAGAAGCAAUCAGCCGGAUUUUUAAAUCAAUUAUUUGUUAAUUUUAAUAUUAAAAAAUAUGAUGAACGUGUUCGAUCAUUUGCAAGAAAAUGGUUAGGUGUUGAUAGAAGUUCCAUGAACAGUGUACUUCUACAACAAAUUCUCGGUGCUGUUGAACGUCUUGAAAAAGUCAGUAUUGAUAAAGACAUUAGUAUUGUUAAUACUUAUUUAUACGAUAUUUAA